CGCGACAGUCCCGACACGCUGAGCAAAUCCAGGCGGCGCCGUGAGCAGGGGCUUGGCGCAUGUGCGGGUUGAGGAGCGCCUUGACUCCAGGAAAGACGCUUUCCUGAGGCCGAGAGACACCCGGUGAAAAUCCAGAUCUUUCCUUCAAUUUAGUAACUGCUGGGAUACAGAGCGGAAAAAAUUCAUCCUUAGUGUGAUCAAAAUUAUUCAUUUUCAAGUCUUUCAUGAGUCAGAGUUUCCUCCCAAAACUAUACAUUUCUGUCCUGGGUAGAUAAAGGUGGCUUAGAAAAUUUUUGCCGAAUUCGUAAAAAAAAGGAAUCCUAAUUCCGAAUCUGUGCGGUGAGGUGCUCCGAGUGAUGUUAACCACAGCUGCUGCCUUUUUACAGUUUUGUGUUAAAAAUUAAAGCAUUUUGUUACAAAUGGGCCAUGUUCCACCUCAGACCCCUGUUCUCAGUGGCACUCCAUCUAAGCCUGGAUAGAUAAGCACUGAAAUUGUGAAUCCGGGCGGUUUAACAAUCGCUGCAGGCUCAGAGCCGCUGUGCCGGGUGUGCUUGCUCCAGGGUUUAUCCUGCUCCAGGGUUUAUCCCUGUGCAGUGUCCCGCUCGCUCUGAGGGAGGCAGCACUUCCUCAGGAGUGCGGCUGCCAUCCCGGCCUGCAGCAGCUGCGGGAGGCUCACUGCCCUCUCCUAGGAAAGGUUUCAGGGAAGAAGAGUUCAAAUACAAAGCUGAGGAACUGCCUUGAGGGAAUUCCAUGACUGAUUAUCAUACAAUUCAGCAUCAGUGGUGUAGCUGCAGUUUUGGAUGUUGAAUGGACAUGGAAUCCUGGAAUGGUUUGGUUUGGAAGAGACCUUGAAGCUCAUUCAGUCCCACUCCCUGCCAUGGCCAGGGACACCUUCCUCUAUCCCAGCUUGCUCCAAGCCCCGCCCAGCCUGGCCUUGGACACUUCCAGGGAUCCAGGGGCAGCCUCAGCUUCCCUGGGAAACCUGUGCAAGGACCUCAGCACCCCCACAGGGAAGAAUUUCUUCCCAAUAUCAAAGCCAUUUCCCCUUGUCCUGUCACUCCUAAGUGCCAGGACGAGUGUUGGGAGCCCCCAGUGCCUGUAUAGAGAGCUGAGAGGAGAGGAUCAGGUCCAGGAGACAUUUCAGAUCAUGGACACAUGAGUCACCUAAAAUCAUGGGCCUGUUCUCACUGUGUUCCUAAACUGGACACCUUAAUUAGCUGCCUGGAGUUAGGGGGAAUUAUUUUGGGCCUAAAUGCAUAAAACUCUGAGGUGAAGAGAACAUUGACCUCAGGAAUUCAGGAAUGAGGAUGGUGGUAUGAAAAUGAUGAGCUGUCCCUGAGGAGACAGAUGAGAUGAAAUGAAAUUAAAUGAAAUGAACGGCUUUUCACAAUUUUUACUCUCCCUGGAACAGAAAUCCCGACUGUGCAAUUCCUCAUGUGUAUGAGAGAGGCUGGGAAUAUUAAUGAGGAACUCAAGAGGUGCUUUAGUAGGAAGAACAUCAGAGAUUCUGUCAUCGCUUCCCUUACAGAUCCUGCUUUACGUAAAUGGGAUUUAUUACAUCUUCUACUUCUUGGCAACUCUUGCAAUGAUUAUUUACAAAAGUCAAGUUUUCAGUUAUCCAGAUGAUCUUUUGGCUCCUGAUCUUGCCGUGCUUUUUCUUAUGGGCAUUCUGGAAGUGCCUCGAUUGUACUUGGGUUUCAAGGGUAACCUGACAGAAGCAGAGGCGCCUCUGGGGCUGAGCCUGGGGCUCACGGUGGGCAGCGUGGUGCUGUGUGUGUACCUGCUGCUGUGGCAGACCUACGUGCUGUGGGCUGAUGUGCUCCUCAAUGCAGUGCUGCUCUCCACCUACGGGCUCGAGUCGGGGCUCAAGGUCACGGCCAUCGCUGCCUUUGUCAGCUGAGCCCCUUCCCACGUGCCUGCCACACAUUCCUUCUACGAAGGAGUGGGGCUUCAUUUGCACUGUUUAAUUCCUUUGUGUAAAAACCCUCUAAGGCUUCUCUCUGUUUAAAUUUUGGGGACAUAAAUGUCCUGCCCAGGAGCUGUGUGAUGCUAUGCACCACUGGCUUAUUUAUGGGCAAAGGGAUGAAUUGCUAAACACCCAACACUCUGGCAUUCACCAGGGGUCUGUACUAAACAUCCAUUCCCAAAACAGGAUAGGAGGCAGUGCUGCUGGCAUGGUGGGAGUUUUCAUGGCACAGCAGCAACAUGCAGCCCAAGUGACACAGAAAUGAAUCAGGCCAGGGCUUACUUGUGCCUUGCCACGCACACGUCCGAGUUCGAGGGCACAGCUGCUCUGCUGCUCUCAUUUGUGUUUCCAGACCUCAGUGGUAAUUUCCCUGACUUUAGUAGGGCAGAACCUGAUGUAUCCCAGUGGGGGAGAGUGGAACUGGGUUUUGUGCAUACCUGGAGAGCCAAGCCACAAGGUUUGGCAGCCAGUUCUUACACACUACGUGAGGGGAUGUUUGGUUAAACAGGAUGGCUUUAAAAUGAACAAAACGAUUCAUUCUUCCUUCUGUCCUGUUUAGAAGUCCAACAGAAUGUUGGCAGUUUUAUUUCUGUUUGGUGUUAAAUUUGCUUAUUUCUAUUAUUCUGCAAAAAUUACUACAUUCAAGCCUGUCUUUUAACUUCUGACUGGUGCAAGUGCAGAGUUUGUUACUGUCUCAAAAAUACGUGUUAAUGGAAAGCUUCAUGAGUUCCUGGGUUUUUGAAGAAGCCUAUUUUCUAUUCAGAAUUUCCUAUUUUUGUAUUUAUUUAUUCAUUCAAAUAAAUAAUGGUUUAGAUCUAAA